UUUCUGAAAAAACACCAAAAAAUGAAACCAUUCGUUUAUCAUCUCUCUUCAGCAGUCAAAACCCAUUUGAGUUUCUGACGCCACCACUUCCAACAGCCACCAAAACACACACAACACCAACGUUGCUGUCAUAUCCUCGUCUUCUGUCACUUCAUUAUUGGUUGGAACUUGGAAUAGGAACACAAAACCAAAUAUCAAAUCACCCCUUUCUCUCUCCUAUGUUCAUGUUCAGCUGAAUCAAUCAGCGUAGCAUGGAACUUGUUCCAUACUCUGACCCAAACUCUGCCACCCCAGCAUGGCAGGACAUGUUCCGAUCCGCAUCCACCAGACAACCCGCGUCAACCCCUCAACCCCACGCGCCGCCAAGAAAACCUCACGCGCCUUCGACCACACCGCACGCGCCGCCGCAGCCUCAAAAUGACGGCGACCCAGAUGGGAAAAACGCAUUUUCCGGCGAUCCCCAGGUACGGUUGGCCCUUUACAUAGCCAUGGCGCAUGCGGGUCUUGCCUUCGCCAUUUUCAUUCUUUACACUGUCACCAAGCUUUUGGAACAGUACAUGAGACCCCUACAAUGGGCUGUGUUAUGCUCUAUCCCUCUAAGAGGCAUUCAGCAAACACUUGUUGCGUUUUGGUCUGAACCCCUUCAAUUAGGCCUCACAGAAACGGUUCUUGCUGUUCCUGUUGCUGUGUUCAGAGUCUUUGUUGGUACUCUUGUUGAGGUUCGUGAAGCUUCUUUUAGAGUUCUUUUGAGGAAACCAAAGCCUGAGAGCAACCAACUUUCUAGGAAGCGUAGUGGAUUUUCAAAUUUGCUUCGUUUGCUUGUGUCUUUUGGGAUAUUCAUAAUUGCUUAUGAGAGGCUUGGUUAUUUUGGGGCAUUGUCCCUUACGGGGUUAGGGUUCUUGUUCAGCUCAAAGAAUGUGGACUCCACUAUGCACACUUUGUCUUCUUUCAGGAGUAUCAGCUUCAGGCGCAGUACUAUUAGUGCUUUUUUCACCAGAGGGAUAUUGAAAAGGUUGAAGAUUAUUGUGGCAAUAGGGCUUAUUGUUGGUAUGAUUGUAGGGUUUUUGACUGGUGUCAUUUUCUUUUCCUAUAAGAUUGGAGUUGAAGGGAAAGAUGCAGUGAUAUCUCUGAAGUUGCAUGUGGAAGAAAGCAAUUAUGCUGAGAGAAUUGGUGUGAAGAAGUGGAUGGAUGAGAAUGAUGUUGCUGGGAUGGUGGAUGGUUACACUACCAAGUUGUAUGAGACAGUGUCUGAUCAGAUAGAUGGGUUGGCUGUGCAGUAUAAUAUGACGGAAUUUGUGACUGGCAUUAAGCAUUUUGUGAUUUCUACUCCUGUUAACUCCUCGGUCCCUUCAAGAGCUUUGAUGACCCCCUCGCCAUACACCGAGAAGUUCUUGAGUUUGAAAAGCCGGGUUAGGAACAGGGAAUGGAGCCAGAUUUAUGCAGAACUUGAUCUGCUUUUCCGAGAGCUUGUGAUCACUCGUGAGGAUUUAGUUGAGAAGGCAAAAGGGUUUGCCUUUAAAGGAAUUGAUGUAUCUCAACGUAUUUUUGCUAGUAGUAGAACUGUGCUUGGAAGCAGUACAAAAUUUAUGCUCUCCAUUGCAUAUUCUAUAAUCUCUGGAGCUGCAGAGGUUUUCAAUUUUGUGUCCCAGUCAAUGGUAUUUAUUUGGGUUUUGUAUUAUCUCAUCACAUCAGAGUCUGGUGGAGUAACAGAACAAGUGAUGCACAUGCUUCCAAUUACAAACUCCACAAGGAUUAGAUGCGUUGAAGUUUUAGAUAAAGCUAUUUCAGGAGUUCUAUUAGCCACUGUUGAGAUUGCAUUUUUUCAAGGUUGUCUUACAUGGCUUUUGUUUAGGUUGUACAAAAUACAUUUCUUGUACAUGUCAACUGUUCUUGCCUUCAUCAGUCCUCUGCUUCCAAUAUUUCCAUCUUGGCUUGCAACAAUCCCAGCAGCCAUACAACUAGUGCUGGAAGGCAGAUACAUAGUGGCCAUUGUCUUGUCUAUUAUUCACCUUUUUCUCAUGGAUUAUGGGGCCUCAGAGAUUCUCGAAGACGUGCCUGGGAACAGUGCAUAUCUCACUGGACUAAGCAUCAUUGGGGGAAUGACAUUAUUCCCAUCUGCUCUUGAGGGAGCUAUUAUGGGUCCAUUGAUAACUACAGUUAUGAUUGCACUGAAGGAUUUGUAUACUGAAUUUGUUUUGGAAGAACCUAAGGAAUUGGCCAAGAAGAAAGCCAACUAGCUAAGCUUUUCUACCUGUGUCUAUAAAAGGAGUUAUUUGCAAUUGAAGUUUGCUGCAACUGCAGGGUUUGCCUCUAGAUUUUUGUGUUGCUCAUAGUUAUGUAAUUUCAUUUUUAUAUGUAUCAUUUUGUUAUCAUAAUUGGCAGAAAUAGGACCUUUUUUUUUUCUUUUUUUUUUUCCUCUUAUCCAUUUUAGGGGUCAUCAAAUAUUUUCACUUGGUGGCUGUGUUCAUUAAUUGUACACUUAGAUCUGUAUUUAUUCCUGUAACAAUUUUUCUUAUUCAUUGUACCAAAAGAAAAGAAAGACUCAUGCAAGCUUGUCUGGAACGUAAUGUCACCUUCAAUAUUCUUGGAUUUAGUAAUGAAGAUGAGUUUCACU